GUGCGAGCCAGCAGUUUACAGGAGUUGGUGUAUAAAGGUGGACAGUCGGGUGUAACAAAGGCGUCUGUGACUGUUACGUUUGACAAUUCAGACAGGAGCCAAAGCCCUGUAGGAUAUGAACUCUGUGCUGAAAUAACAGUAACCCGGCAGGUUGUCAUUGGUGGCCGUAACAAGUAUCUGGUGAACGGAAGCAAUGCAAACAACAACCGCGUUCAGGACUUGUUUCGUUCUGUGCAGCUGAAUGUGAACAACCCUCACUUUCUCAUAAUGCAGGGCAGAAUCACCAAAGUGCUCAACAUGAAGCCUCCAGAGAUUUUAUCAAUGAUAGAGGAAGCCGCAGGAACCAGGAUGUAUGAAGCUAAGAAAGCCGGAGCUCACAAGAUAAUUGAGAAAAAGGAUGCUAAGCUGAAGGAAAUAGACACGAUUCUCACAGAGGAGAUAACUCCAACUCUGAUGAAGUUGAAGGAGGAGCGGUCGGCUUACCUUGAGUAUCAGAAGGUGAUGCGUGAGCUGGAGCAUCUCACGAAGCUCGUUGUUGCCUACCAGUUCUACCAGGCAGAGGAGCAGCGGCACGGCUCGGCGGAGAAGCUUAACGAACUGACAGUGAUGAUCACGCAGUUUGAGCAGCGAAAGUGCGAGAUCGACGCACACCUGGAAAAGCUAGAAGAACUGGUUGCUGAGCUGACCGAGAAAAGAGAUGCGGAAUCUGGUGGCGUGAUAGCAGAACUAGAGAAGAGAUUACAUGACAAGAGACAGCAUGAAGCUAAGCAGCAGAGCAGUAUCGACAGCAAGAAGGAGUCAUUGAAGACGGAGCAGAAGAAGAGGAAGGAUCUACUUAAGCAGCAGACUGAGGAUACGAGCAGCAAGCAGGCAAAGAUGAAGGAGAUGGAUAAACUCAUGGAUGGUUAUAACAAGGUGAAGCAGCAGUCAGAGGCUGACCAGGCUGCUCACGCUGCUGCACAGAAGCUGUACCGAGAUGUCAGCGCAGGUUUAUCGAGCAACGAUGAUGGUGAUGCUGCCACGAUUGCUGAACAACUAAUAACUGCGCAGCAAGCUGUGAGUCAGGCUGAGACAGAUACAAAGCAGGCCACCAUGAAGCUGAAGCAUGCCAAGGAUGAGAUCAAGAAGAAGGGUGCAAACUUGAAAGAGACAGAGCGCGUGUACAAGAAGGAACAGGCCAACCAUGAAGCUGUGCAAGCGGAAUUAAAGAAACUGCAGGCUCAGAUGGACAAGUUGGACUAUAGCACUGAAAGUGAAGAAGAACUGACUGCUAAGAGACGAACCCUAGCUAAAGAAGUAAAUGAUUUAUGGGAGACUGUAGAGAAUGCUGAGUCCAGUAUGCCCCAGCUAAGGUUUGAGUACACCGAUCCUGAGAAGAAUUUUGACAGACGUAAGGUCGCUGGCCUCGUUGCUAAACUGGUCAGAGUGAAGGAUGUAACUACAGCCACUGCUCUAGAGGUGGUUGCAGGUGGCAAGUUGUACAAUGUCAUCGUUGACACUGAGCAGACAGGAAAGAAGUUGCUCGAACAUGGCAAACUGAAGCGACGCUACACGAUUAUUCCUCUCAACAAGAUCCAGGCAUAUCCCAUCUCUGACAACGUGGUGAAGACGGCAAAGUCGCUGGUUGGUAAAGACAACGUUCACACGGCGCUCUCGCUCGUCGGCUACGAGGAUGACCUCCACGCCGCCAUGGAAUUUGUCUUCGGCUCGACCUUCAUAUGCGCCAGCAUGGAAGCCGCCAAGAGCGUGACGUUCCACGAGAAGAUCAAGAAGCGCUCGGUGACGUUGGCCGGCGAGACGUAUGACCCGCAAGGGACAUUGUCCGGAGGUGCCCGACCACAGGACAGCUCUGUACUGCAACGCCUGCAGAAGGUGAUCGAGGCGGAGAAUUUACUGAAGCAGAAGCGUGCCGAGUUAAAUCAGAUUGACGCCAAUCUCCAAAAGAUGAACAAAGUCUCGAAGCAGUAUGGACAGCUGAAGCAACAGUAUGACCUUAAGGUGCUCGAGGCAAACGUGAUGCUCUCUAAUCUGCAACAAAGCCGACAUCAGCAGCAACUGACGGAGCUAGAGGCACUGAAGGAAUCUAUUGGUGAGCAGGAGGAAGUUCUUGAACAAGCAAAACAGGUGCACAAGAAAGCAACGCAGAAGGCCAAAGAGCUGGCAAACAAGAUCAGCGAUGCAAAGAACAUUCGCGAACGUGAGCUCAAGAGCACCGAGAAGAAGGUUGCUGACGAGAAGAAAAAGAUGGAGGCAUCCAGCAAGCAGAUGCGGGAGAAGCAGCAGGAAAUGGACACUGUGAAGCUGGAGAUUGAGGAGCUGCAAGCUUCACUGGAUACAUAUGCCAAUCAGCUGACCGCUACUGAUGAGGCCAUAUCUGCUAUAAAUGAGCAGCUGAAGACACUUGAUGAAGCACUUGCUUUGGUCAAGGCCGACAUCGCACAGAUCCAGGGGAAACUUGCAGAGGUGCGAAAAGUGUUGAUGAAACGUAACAAAGAGAUUGCUGAGCAGCAGACACAGCAGGAGGCAUUGCGCAAGGAGCGCCACACGACAGAGCUGCGCGUCACAGAGCUGCAGCAUGACGUCAAGAAGCAGGAGAAGUCAUCGAAAGACAUGGAGGCAAAGGUACAGCAAAUGUUUGAGAGCUAUGACUGGAUCUUAGAGGAGAGGAAGUAUUUUGGCCAGGCCGACACUGCCUAUAACUUUGAAAAGAACAAUCCAAAGGAAGCAUCAAAAAAGUUACAGAAGCUGCAGGAGACUAAAGAGAGACUGGGAAAGACUGUCAACAUGCGAGCCAUGACCAUGCUGGGGAAAGCAGAGGAGCAGUACCAAGAUCUUAUGAAGAAGAAGAAGAUAGUUGAAAAUGAUAAGUUGAAGAUUGCAGCGACAAUUGCUGAGCUGGAUGAAAAAAAGAAUGAGGUUUUGAUGAAAGCGCACAAGCAAGUUAACAAGGAUUUCAGCUCUAUCUUCUCGACGCUGUUACCGGGAAGCUGUGCAAAGCUUGCACCACCCGAGGGACAGUCUGUGCUGGAUGGACUCGAAGUAAAGGUUGCGUUUGGAGACGUGUGGAAGGAGUCCCUAAGCGAGCUUAGUGGUGGACAGAGGUCUCUGGUCGCUCUGUCACUCAUUCUAUCGCUCUUGCUGUUCAAACCGGCACCUCUGUACAUUCUGGACGAGGUUGAUGCUGCACUAGACCUCUCUCACACGCAGAACAUUGGCCAGAUGCUUCAGACGCACUUCAGGCAUUCACAGUUUAUCGUCGUCUCACUGAAGGAUGGCAUGUUCGCCAAUGCCAAUGUUCUCUUCAAGACCAAGUUCGUUGAUGGCGUUUCCACGGUAACCCGCUAUUCGCAGCAGCAGAAUCAGUCACGUGGCAGUGCCCAGCAGAGGAGUGCUGCAUCCAGCAGCCGGCCCACCAAGAAGGUCAGGAAGACCCAUGAUGAGAACCAUCCGCAUCCUUUAGCCGAGAGUACCAACACACAGUGAUCAAACUACUGGUAGAACCUUAGUAGGGUUACUACUGGUACACUACCAACACACAGUGAGAGAGGUGCUGGGACACUACCAAC